AUGGCUGCCAAAAGCGCGACGGGAAUAUGCUCGAACAAACGGCUGCUGUUGCCGUCAUCGUCGCCUUCGCCGUCGUCCCCGUCAUCGUCGUCCCCGUCGUCCCCGUCGCCGUCGCCGUCAUCGUCGCCGUCGUCGCCGCCACCGUUGCUGCCCAUAUCGCCGCCACCGUUGUUGCAGCUAUCGCUGCAAUUGCUACCGCCACCGCUGCCAAUGCUGAUGCUAAUAGUCGCGUGCUCGCCAACGUCGUCGUUUCGUCAAGAGAGUCCCGUCCCGUCGAGCCCCGCAGCGAGCGGCCGCCCGUCGUCGCCGCCGCCGCCGCAUCAUAAACAUCUUGGUGCAUUGACAAACGAGCGUGAGCGCGCGCGCGCGAGAGAGAGAACAUGCGUGUGUGCCGCACUGUAGACUGUCGCCGUCAUC